ACAGGUGAAGUGAAGUGGAUCUGAUGCAUACCAGCAGGCAAAGGAAGUAGUGAUGGAGCAUGCCAACUAGGCCGUACAGAAAGAUGCAUAUUAUAUGGUGGUCUGUAGCCUAUAUAUAUAUCCACGUUUGUGAGCUUGUGGAUACCCAGAAAACCUAAUCGACAUCACUAAACAAAGAAGAAGAGGAAGCAGCAGCAGAAGAAGAAGAGAAUUAAGCUACAGAGGCAUGGUUUGGUCUGCUGAGAAUGCCACCAAAGCUUUCCUCCGGACACUGAAACUGGGAAACAAGGCCAAGGAGCCCGACCUCACCGAGUUCGUGUCGGCAUUGGCCGCCGGGAGCGGCGCACGCCUCAUGGUGGAGGUGUGCGCCGACUCCGCUGGGCCGACCACCCUGGCGCUGAUCGCCGCCGCGGAUCAGACCGGCGGCCGGAUCGCCUGCAUCGUUCGCGGGCCCGACGAGCUGCACUCCUCGCUGGAAGCGCUCGGGCCCGACGCGGGCCGCGUGGACCUCGUCGUCGGCGACGCACAACACCUGCUGCUGGGGGAGUACAGAGGCGCCGACUUCGUCCUCGUCGACUGCGCGUCGGAGGAGCACGAGCGGGUGUUCCGGGCGGCGCAGCUCGGCGCCAUGGAGGCCUGCGGCGGAGUCGUGGUCGGCCACAACGCCUUCUGCGAGAGCUCGAGUCCGAGCGUCGACGCCCUGGGGGGGCUGAGGGUGGAUCUGCUGCCCAUCGGUGGCGGGCUGAGGGUGAGCCGGGUGCCGCCGGCCGGCAAGAGGAGCCAGUGGGUGGUUCGCGUCGACGAGUGCACCGGCGAGGAGCACGUCUUCAGGAUCACAUCUCCUCGCAAGAAAUGGAUCGAAGCUUAAUGAGGGAAGGAAGGGAUUGAAGCCUCCCUCCCAUUUGCAUCUUAAUAGGCUUCUACUGCAAUACAUGUAGUGAGUGCGAUCGAUUGCAAGGCAAAAGACUUCUUCUCAUUAAUAAUGGCUCAAAAGAAGUCAUCCUCCAAUA